AUGCGAAAAAUCGGUUAUAGUGGUCUCUGGACGGUUCUGCUGGUGACCGCAGGUCUUCAAGUGGCCUUCGCCCAGUUGCCCAAUGUCUGCCUUGGAGAGGAGGAUGGUACUCGACUUCCGUUGGCCACUUAUUGCUCCCGGUUUGUGGUUUGCCUCAAGGGUGACGUCUCCAUCAUUGGCAGCUGCCCUCGGGGUCUUCACUUCAAUCGGGAGUUGGGGGAGUGCGACUUCCAGUGGCGAGCCAAUUGCCUGGGACUCUCAGCCUUUGCCGGAUUGGAUGAUCAGUGCACCUGCGACUGUUGCGCCGAGGAGUGCCAGGAUCCCAUCGAGGACAUCGAUGAACCCACCACAGUCACCGAGGAUUGUGACCCAGGUACCCCCACUGCGGUCACGGAUCCUACGGACUCCACUGAUUCAACGGAUGAAACCACAGACUUCGAGGACUCCAGCAACUCCUCCAAUACGACACCUUCCACUCCAGGUGUGGUGUCCUCAGAUUGCAAAAGUACUCUCACUCAUUGUGUAAAUGAACCAACUGGCACCUACAUUGACUUGCCCGGGAUCUGCGUCAGGUUUAUCCAGUGCAACAACGGAUGCUCCGAGGAGUUCCAGUGUCCCUCCGGUUUGUACUUCAACAAGGAGAUCAAUAACUGCGAUUACUGGUGGAACGUGGACUGCACACUCACUGCGGAUUCUUCUGAUGAAAUCGAGGGGCCCUCGGGAACCAAGUGCUCCAAUCCGGGAAGAUGCGCCGGAGUGAAGGAUGGAGAGCUGCUUAAGGACCACGAUUCGAAUGGAUUUUUGGUCUGCCAGUGCCAGUGCCCCAUUCCAAUGCCCUGUCCCGAUGGCCUGGAGUUCAACGAGUCUGCUCAGGCGUGCGAUUGGGUGGGAAAAAAUGUCUCCGCAAGCGUUUUCUCAGCGGAUAUGUGUCCCGAUGGCCUGGUCUACAAUGCCACCACGGAUCAGUGCGACUAUCCUGCCAACUAUGUGCCAGAGGUGGCCUGCAAUACCACCAGCACCGUGUGCAAGAAUCAGCCGGAGGGAGAGCUCUUCCCGGUGGAGGGCAAGUGUAAUAUGUUCUAUAAGUGCAACUUCAAUUGCGCCGUGGAGCAAUAUUGUUCGAACAAUCUGAUCUACAACGAGGAUACGGAGAAAUGCGACUAUCCUCAGAACUAUAAAUGUAAAUGGGACUACUCCCCGCCCACGGGUCCCGAUGCAGGCCCCUCGGGAAUAGCCUGCGAGAGUAAUGGACGUUGUUUGGGUGAACCCGAAGGAACUUUCUUCCGUUCCACGACAAGUUGUGGUAAUUAUGUCGUCUGUCAGUGUGAAUGUGAAGUCGAGAUGGAGUGCCCCGAUGGAUUGUACUGGGAUGAGGACAUGCAGACUUGCAAUUACGAGUCCGACGUAGCCUGCACACUCUAA